CUCCAGCACAUGGCCAUACUGGUCGUGGUUCUGGACGGAGCUCAUCGGGCUUCUCUCAAAGUAUGUGCCAUUUUUAAAAGAAGGCUACUAUUUCUGUACGUUGAAGAAAAAAACGAAAUCUACAAAGAACAGCUCCUCAGAUUCAUUCAAGUAAUGUCAGCGGGUACACAUUCUAUCAAUCUGGGAGGCUUCCUCACUUGCGAUCGGAGCCUUUUAACAGCUCUGUUCAACGCCGUGCUGACUUACCUCGUGGUGCUGCUGCAGCUUCAAGGACAGCCGACUCCGCCUGCUUCGGCCGGCUUCAACAACGACACAGCCACCGCCGUCCGAGCCAGCGGCCAUUAAGACUGCGCAAUACAACAGGGGCUUCUUUGUCACCGUGAGGUGGUUCUGUGUAACAUUGGGGGCGCCAUAAGCUUAGCUAUCGCUAGCAGGGGCGCAACAACAGGGGGGGAGGGUAUUUUGCCCCCCCCCCCUCCUUCUGAAACCUUGAAGUGGGGGCAAACGGAGGCAAAGAAAGUGCUGUGCAAUCAAUUUUUAGAUAAUAAAACUGCUUAAAUAGCACCAUUUUCCACCUUGAAAUACAAAUUUUCCCGGAGGAGGACCCCCGGACCCCCCUCUUCAAUAGCGGGCGAUCGACGAUUCUUUAUGAAAAGGUAUAUUGCUCCCCCCCCCCCCCUCUUUAGGAAAUUUAGUUGUUGCGACCCUGAUCGCUAGGACAACUAUGUUACUCGGUCUCUUAACUUUAUUAUUUUUUAACCAAUUAAUAAAGACACUGUUCGUUUGAUAUUCUAUGAGUAGUCUAGAGCUAGUCUGAGUAUUAAUUUUAUUUAAUCCGACAACUUAUAUUGUAAUAUUGUUGUAAUAACUUUUCAUGUUCAGAAUAAAAG